GCACCACAGUAGCACCACCCUCUGGUUAACUGAAUGUGUUCUCCCAGGUCAGCUCACCUGGAAAAGCAUUGAACCUGUAUCCAUCCAACGAAUAUGAGGUGCUGCCCAGUGGGAGUGAAGCACACUGGGAGGUGGUGGAGCGGAUCCUCUUCAUCUACGCCAAACUCAACCCCGGGAUCGCCUACGUGCAGGGAAUGAAUGAGAUUGUUGGGCCAAUUUACUACACCUUUGCCACAGACCCUAACAGCGAGUGGAAAGAGCACGCCGAGGCAGAUACGUUCUUCUGUUUCACCAACCUGAUGUCGGAGAACAGAGACAACUUCAUCAAGAGCCUGGAUGACUCUCAGUGUGGCAUCACCUACAAGAUGGAGAGUGUGUACUCCAUGCUCAAAGACAAAGACCUGGAGCUCUAUCUCAAGCUGGUAAGAUCAAAGGCCCAUUCUCUGUUCCUUUUUCCAGAGCUACUGUACAUGAAUGUUCCUCUGAACGUCAGCAAAUGUUGGAGCUGCUUAUUCAAACUCUUCUCUUGGUUCUGUUCUGUAUCUGUGCCAGAUCAAUGCUGCCAGAACAGCUCGCAUUUCUAACCCCAUAACUUCACUGAGCACGUCCCUGU